UAGAACAUAGGAGCCUGUGCCGACCAAAGGGCAUAACAACAUGAUUGACCCCAAGACAGCUAUGGAAAAGACCCAGGAAGAGUCCGAUCUCAAACCAACACCACAUCCAACUUCAGACCACAAGGUGCCAGACCGGGAUCCUCCAAGAGAGUCUAGACAUUCCAGAGAAAGAUCACCGGUACGGGAAGAACUGAGUGGCCGUGGCCGAAGUCGGUCACCGGUACGGACAGAAGAGCCAAUGACGAUGGAGGAAAUGAUGGGGUUCGGCGGUUUUGGAACCACCAAAAACAAGCACGUCCAGGGAACCAAGAGCGGGGCCGUCAAGGUCAACAAGCGGUCCGAGUAUCGCCAGUACAUGAACCGAGACAAGGGAUUCAACAGAGCGUUAUCGCCAACCCGGGGAGAGAAGAAGAAGAUGGGUAACAAGAAGUCUAAGGAGUAAGGCGGGAUAAAGGCCAAAGAAAAGGAGUGAUACAGAAGGAGAAACUAAUGGAAAUAAA